UAACAAGUUUUUAUAAACAUACGUAACAAUCUGAACCAAACUAGUCAAAAUUAAAAUGGCUCGUGGCUCGCUUAUUUUAUGUUCUAAGUAUAAGUUCAGAUUUUUUUUAGCUUUAUUGAUAAUUACCGUGCUAUUUUGGACAAAUAACCAAUUUAAUCCUCAACCCAUGCUCGUUCCACAGGAUCCGAUUUCUCAACAAAUACCAGAGGAUUUAGAAUCGAUUGACUUGAAAAGCAAUUAUUCUAAAAUGGUCUACAUUACUCGCAUGAUUAGUAACGAUCUUCCGCCUAUUCAUUUCGCGGACCAAACUUACCUGAAUACGAAGACAAUUCUGGAAAACGAAGAGCUACCUUCAAACUUCAGGCGAUACUGGUUGCUCUACUGUUUUGCGAACAAAACCACCGAACAACGAUUGGUUCGGCUGAUUGAAUCCAAAAAAGAGAAGUAUCAUAUAGUUCCUCUCUCAAGCUCGAGCGAGGCGAGUGAUGUGAUCAAAGAAACUCUAAACAACGACAGAGCUCGUAACAUUGGGCUGAAAAAAAGUCUCGAAGAGGGCGCCAAAUGGACUCUAAACCUCGACGGGGCUCAAAUUAUGACCCAGGAAGGCAUACAUUCUUUGGACAAAGCAUUGAAAAGAGCGGAGGGAAACUCUCAAAUUUUUCACUUUGUUCCUCUCAUCCGACUCUUGUUUAGAAUCGAGUUUUCCGAGUCGCUAAAUUAUCGACAACUUUUCCCCUAUGUGUCGGGUCUGGAGGAAUGCACAGUUGCUGUGCAUCAGAGAUUUUUGUUUGAGCGACCAAAAAUUUUGUUUCUUCACAAGCACAAAGGACUGCUUUAUGACGAAGAUCGAGAGUAUGGUUACAAAGAAAAACUUCAGUUUUUACAAGAAGCUAAGGAGCAUCUGUCAGCCAAACAAAUAAGCUGCAGUGAAGCAAUGAUAGGCUUCACCAAGAAGAAAGCUAAAAGCGCAGAUUUUGACCAGGACCUGUUGACUUUGUGCGGCUAUUCUGUGAGGCUCCCCUAUCAUCCGGAGGAGGACGCCCCAUACAACCAGACUACGGCAGUCGUGAAGAGAUUUUAUCCCAGACAGCAGUCGGUUGCAGCUUUCAAACAGCUGUUGACAAAAAUAGCUGCAUCGAAUGCAGCACAACAAACUCAAUAAAAAAGUUUCUUCAACAAAAGUCGUUUGAAUUGCCAUAAAUGUCCUCAU